CAAUGUCCAUGGCCUCUCAAACCGACAGAAAACCAGCCUUCCUUCCUUCCUCCUCUACCUCACCCCAACACAAUUCAAGCUUCCCCAUUGGGCCCUGUUUCUCGAUCUGGGUCUUCUGCCCUUUUUCCAUUGGGUAUGGGGAAGCGGGAGAGGGAGACCCCAUGUGGGAUUUGCGGCCACUACCACAAGUUCGGGGAAGGCGAGGUCUGCGGGAUUUGCGGCCACCGGAUCGUCCUCUCGUCCGAAAAGUCUCUGCUCCGGGUCAGCGCCUUCGCUUCCGAGAUUCUGCCGGACUUCCUCUACUUCGGGAGCUUCGACAACGCCUCCCGCACUCAGCUCCUCAAGGCUCAGGGGAUCUCACGCGUCCUCAAUACUGUACCUGGUUGCCAAACUCUAUGCAACAACUCGAUUGUUUAUCACUGCCUUCAAGAGGGGAAAAGCUUGCCCUUUGAUGAUGCGAAUCAGUUUCUAGAACAGUGUGAAAGGGAUAAGGCUCGGGUCCUCGUGCAUUGUAUGUCAGGAAAGAGUAGGUCACCGGCGAUUGUGAUAGGUUUUCUCAUGAAAUCGAGAAGGUGGAGGCUGACACAGGGUUACCAGUGGGUGAAAGACCGGAAGCCCUCGGUCGAUUUCACUGAAGCUGUACACCAGCAACUGCAGGAAUACGAGCUGCAGAUUUUUGGGCAGACUAACGGUGCUCUGACCUUUCCUCAUUUGACUGCUCAGUCCUUAAGCUUUGGCUUUGAUAAAUGUGAAAAUAGCCAAGCCCCUCUGCCGGCUUUUGGCGGUUUUGGUGCUGAUUCCUCCAUUUUCUCCCGAGCUUCACUGAACAUUCCGCCACACGGAUUUGUCUUUGGAGCUGCCCAGACAGAGAGUUCAAGUGGCAGUGACAUAGCAAUGGACAGUUCUUGAAUCUCAUCUCUUUUGUGCAGUCAACUGAUCCCCAGAACUUGGAUAAAGAUUUCCCAGUCUUUGGUUGUCAUUUGUAGAAUAGGAACUUCAGGUCGGAACGCAUUUACAGAGAGAGUAGUACAUCACAGGGGAUUACUAGUUCAUUCUCUGUAACGGUUAAUUAUUCCCACUGCAAUAUAAAGAGCAACCUUGUCGCAUAUUCUUUA